AAUGCCAGCUGAAAUAAAGAUUCAGUGAGAUUGUGAAUACGAAGAAAAGCAGGUUGAAAUUAUCAGAGCAGCACCUGCCCUAGAACUUGCUGAGCAACAAACAGAUGGGGGUAAUUACUUGAAAAAAAAGCUGUUGAAUAUCAAGACUACUCGCAAAUAGAGCAGAACAAACCUAAAUGUUAGCAAAUGGCUCGCAGGAAAAACAGAUAUGGUUACAAAGCGAUGUGUUGGAUGUAACAAGAAAAAUACCUACAGGCGAUAAAAUCGUCAUUCUAUUAAUGACUCUGGAACGGUCAUGCAAAAGAGGUCCGAAAUGUACAGUAACUACCACAAGUCUUUCGACAGGGCAUUCAAUACAAGGCAGGAUCCCAGUGUGCUUGAUGUUGAUAACUUUCGGCUACCACAACUGCAAGAGGGAGACUUAGUAGCGAACCCAAUACCACUUCCUGGUAAAAUGCAUCAAAGAGGUGAAAAAGAUCAGAAUAAAAAUAAAAAUGGCAAUAAUAUGCGUGAAUUCCAUCUUAAACCUGUCGUGUUACGAGGGGCAAAGGGGCUAAACGUAGAAAACAAUCCGAGGGUACGUUUACCGCCUAUAAACAUAAAUAUGCAAGUGAAAGAUCUUUUGACACAAGAUAAAGUUUCUGCAGCGAUCAAGAAUGACAAAGACAUUUUAAGGAGAGCAAAUUGCAUAUUAACAAAUGAAGCAGAAAAAAUAGAUUCACAAGGGCGGGGAUUAAGGAUGAAAGAAUAUAGCAUCUUGCCCCCAAUCGGGAAGAUGUCACGGCCUUAUGAUCCUGAAAAGAAGAAAGACAAGCUAACAGAACACAAUGGAAGCAAGAGAAAUAAAACUGGUGAUGUGGCAGUUGAGAGAAAAUUAGGGUUGCAAGAAGCAUUAGAGAAUCUAGCAAAUGAUUUUGAUACAUUAAAAGAAAUGUCUCAAGUAGAAAAGGAAGAGGAAAAAUUUGUCUCAAGUAAAAGCGAUGAAAAGGAGAACGCGGACACCUCAGCGUUGCCAACAGCGGAUCCCAGUCUAGAUACAGACAAAAAUACAGACAUUAAAAAAACAGACAAAAUAACGGAAGAAGUGGUGAGCUUGGAUGAUCUUUCAAAAAAGAAAACAAACCGUGCCAGCAUAAAACUUCCAAAAGCACCUCCAGAAAGAACUGAAGGAAUAAAAAGAAGGAAAAAUAAAUACAGAGAGGUUGAUCAGGAAGAAGAGCAUGAACGGGAAAUGAUUGAAUGGAUACGGGCUAGGGGGCGAAGAUCUGCUAUCUGCGAAGAAAUUGAUGUGGUCUACCGAGACCUAGCUGUAAUUGUGAAGCACAACCUCUUAGUUCAACAUUUGGAAGAAAUUUGUAUAUUUUAGAAAAUCUUUUUUAAAACGUUUAGAGUCAUUUUUGGAACAAAGCAUGGCUCAGAUUUUAUGUGAUUUUGCUUAAUUUUAGUUACUCCCUACUCACCCAUCCCAUAUUUUUUGGUAAAAAUAUUGAAGCAUGAUAUUUUGGCUAAUCAUUUUUCUGUAGAUAAAGAUAAUUCGGGGCCUUAAAAAAGUUGGUACAUUAUAAACAAAAAUAAUACCGAGAGGCUAAGAUAUAAAACAAUAUUUAACUGAACAAGCAGCAGCCUUGAUGUAGUUAUAUCAUGGAUUUGCAAUAUUGGCAAAAUCUUAUCAAUAAAAUCUUCGUGCAGGAAUGAGGAUAACAAAGACCCCUCAAGUAUUUUGAAAGUUCUUUUGAGACAUUAAUGAAGCUUUUUUGAUAGGAAACCUUUGGGUAUAAAACAUGCAAACAAGCUAGUUAUCUUAGUACAAGGAGUGCUCUCGCUUGGUUCAUAACAGUAUCAAAUAUUCAUUUAAUAAAUACGUUGAUUAUGGCUUUGCUCGGGUCACGUGUCUUUUAACUCAGCUCUUUACAUUACUGUACGUACUUAAAAUUUUGUAAGUUCCAAUAUUACAAUGUAAAUAUUGCAAAUAAAUGACAAUGUUUGUCUUAAGACGCCUAGGCCAUUCUAGCCCAUAAACUGAUUCCUGUUACGCUGUAACUAGGUGAGGCUUCAACUUGUAAUUAGCAAUUUGAAAUUUCAUUGGUGGGUUUUUCAAAAUUUAUCAGAGUAGACAACUUACUGCUCGGUACGCUUUCUGAAUACAAUUGGUUAUCAAGGCUAAUGUAACCGUAACCAGUAGCAUUACAAUUGAAUUUGUUUGUUUUAGAUUUGGGAAAUAUUAUCAGUACGAAGGCGAAAGACGGAAGCUCGCGGCAAUAUCCUUUUUGAAGCUGGGGGAAAUACCCUUUCCGUUUUAAUCAUCCAGGCUCCUGUUAAAGCAUCUAAAUAAGAACUCAAUAAUGAUAUAAUGGUUUGUUUCUUUUUCAGAAUAACAACAGGCAUCAUGACUAUGUCUUUGUGGCAUUUUUUGUAGCUCCUUCAUUAAUCGCAGAAUAUCGAUAAUCAAAACUGUAAGCAUACAUUCUCUUCCCUUAGCUGCAUUUUCCUCUCUUCUUUCAUCACUCACAGACCUGUCAACGUUUAAUUUUUAAAACCUGGAGAUUUCAGAUUUUUUAUUGAGAAAAACAGGGAGAUUUGGCCAAAAACAGGGAGAUCCCUGGAUUUUGUUUAAUUUGUAAACAACAUACCUGUCAAAAAAGUCAUGUUGGACAAACAGUUAAUGGCAACAAUUAUCAUGGGUAGCCUAAUGGAUUUAACGUUUUCGUUAAUUUUUAAACCCCAACAGAAAACUUUGUCUCGAAGAAAGUAAUUUCAAUCUUUUUUGUUAAAAGAAAACCUCUGCUGGAAGACAAGAAAAAACAGGGAGAAAAUUAUCAAAAACCGGAAGACCGGGAAAAAGCAAGCAAAAUCUGGAGUCUCCCGGUAAGACCGGGAGAGUUGACAGCUCUGACUCUAUUCCUAACAACUUAAAGAAAUAGGGUUAGAGUUAUCUGUA